AUGGAUUUGCCAAAGGAUGAUGUUACUGCUCGUCCUGAAGAAUGCUCAACUGAGGAUUUGGGCCAGAAAGGAAAGGAGUCUGCAGAUAAAGAUUUAUCUACAAGUCCGUCACAGAAACAUUUAGUAAUUCCCAAAGUUGCUAGACGGUUAUCAGCGAGGAAUGCAAAGCGAAAGCUCGUCUCCAUGAGAGAAACGACAAAGCUCAAAGCCAAGAAGCAGAAACAGAGUUUCUCCUCCGACGAUGAUUUUGUUUUGAGGGAAUGGGAUAGGCCUGACAGCAGCUCAGAAGACGAGAGUGAGGAUUCCGAUUCCACCACUGAGGCUCCCCACAAAUGUCACAUUUGCAGCCGUUUCUACAAACACUACAAGAGCCUGAAAUACCACCUGAAAACACAUUCAAAACGCCCUUUCAAACACCAGUGCCAGACGUGCGAUGCUGCAUUCGCUCAAAAAGUCGACCUUGAGAAGCAUAUGAGGACGCAUGAUGGAAGCCGGCCCUACAAGUGUGAGGAAUGUGACAGCCGAUUCACACAGUCCUCCGCUCUGAAGCGUCAUGAGAGAAUUCACGCGAAAGUAAAACCAUUUUCCCUGCAGGCACAUCUUGUUCACUGUCUUUCUCACAGAAGUCCUCCCUGA